AUGGGUACGACUGAAGGUGCGAAAGAAAAGACAUCGGUUCUAUUGCUGAAGACCAAAUCGAUACCAAAUGAUGGGUACAAGGAGCAAUUCGAGUCCACGAAGGAGGGGACACAAUUCGAGCCGGUCUUCGUCCCCGUGUUGGAGCAUCAACUUUUGGAGGAGGGAUUGAAAAUUAUAAGAGAUGCUCUGCGGAACAAGGAGAUUAGCAGACAAGCUGCUGCAAAAUAUGGAGGGUUGAUAUUUACGUCUCAGCGAGCUGUGGAGGCAUUUGCGAAGCUGGUUGAAGAGGGGCAGGAUGUCGAUAGCUGGCCGCAUUUACAAGAUAUCCCAAUAUACACAGUAGGACCCGCAACAUCUCGAGCUUUACGGUCAAUUCCUCAGACCCCUCCCCUCAAUAUAUUCGGUUCCGAGACGGGCAAUGGUGAGGCAUUGGCACAUUAUAUGAUAGAUCAUUAUGGGAAAUGGUACCAGGACAUGGAAAUCAAGCCUCCGCUAUUGUUCCUCGUGGGAGAGCAAAGACGGGACAUCAUACCGAAGACUCUGAUGAACCCCACCUUACCCCGCGAUCGAAGGAUACAAGUCGAUGAGCUUGCCGUCUACGGGACCGGCGUGAUGGAGUCGUUCGAGAAAGACUUUAGUAAGCUACUGAAAGAGACAGAGAAUAAACCCAUGAGAUGGGUUGUUGUCUUUUCGCCCACUGGGUGUGAGGCUAUGCUGCGAGCUUUGGGUAUGCUUGACCCAGAGACCGGUAAGGUCAAGGCCGAGCACCAGCGAGACGGAAAGACUCAUAUUGCAACUAUCGGGCCUACGACUAGGGACUUUUUACAAACCACUUUUGACUUCGAGCCAGACGUUUGUGCGGAAAAGCCGAGUCCUGAAGGAGUGGAAGCGGGAAUAGAGUCAUUUCUGAAGGAAAGAAUUUGA